GGCGACGGUCGAGGCGGAUCUGGAGCCAGAGUGAAGCUGGUUUGACCAAACAGAGCCGGAGACAGGUUCACAUCCUUUCACCUCCAGCUGAACUCUCAGUAGCAGAAUGGAGACUGAAGUGACAGUGUCCUCCUCCUCCAGCGUCAUCUCCUCCUCCGCUCCGCAGACGUUGACCACUCAGGCCAACCUGGCAGCGAAACAGCGAGACGGCAGGAAAAGCACAUCCACGACUCCAUCCUUCCUCUCCAACCUGGGGAGGGCCACCCUGCGCGGCAUCCGCAAGUGUCCUCAGUGUGGCGUCUACAACGGCACCCGGGGGCUCAGCUGCAAGAACAAGGCCUGCGGGGUAUCGCUCCGAAAUGCCUCAGCGGGAGUCAGAACCAGGAAGAAAUGUGCGGUGGAGGUGGUGAAGGUGAUAAUAGACAGCGAUGAGAGGGUUGGGAAGGAGCGCGACGGAGGAGGAGUCCUGGGCGGCGGCACGGGCGGAGGAGUCCAGGUGUUUUCAGUGUGUCACAGAGGGAGAGGAGCCACAGCCACACAGCUGGGCUUCGUUGAGCUUGUCCCUACCGACACUGCCAUAGCGACCGGUGACGGCGCCACCCUGCUGACCCGCAUCAACCUGGGCCGCUGCUUUCUGCCCUCUUGCAGGCAAGGUCAAAGGUCAAAUCAGGGCGAGGCAGACUCGGGGGCGGCCAAUUCCAAGCAGUCCUCGGACAGCCUCUGCAUCCACAUCAAACAAGCCAUAGAGUGUCAGAGCCGCGCCACUCCGCUGACCCUAAAGAGCUCCGUGCUGGAGAGUUUACAGGCCUCCAUCCAGGCCAGGGAGGAGCUGUGGAGGCUGGCCACCGAGUCGCCGGGCCCCCUGGUGCAGCGCGUCUCCAAAGACAUGCUGGUGGUGAAGUGCCACACGGAUUCCCAUCAUCCUCUGGGCCUCCUGCAUCUCACCGUGGGUGCCGCCGGACUGUCCGAGGUUUCCAAGAGUCAGAGAAAGGGCAGAGAGAUGCAGCAGCAGCACAGUUUUUUCCACUGUGCCUGCCAGGUCAGCAGCAGCAGCAGCAGCAACAGCAGGAGGAACAAACCCGGUGUUGAUGGAGCAGGUGGAGCCUUUCACUCUCCUCCCAGCUCGGCCUCACCACAACCCUGCCUUCACUUCUACGCCUGCGUGUGCGCCUUUGCGAGCGAUGAGAAACUGGCUGCCGAGUUCGCUCCUUUCAUCGGCUACACGCCCAGUGCUGUGCAGCGAAAUUCUCCCAGUGGCUCAGCAGGUCACAGUGAGAAGCCCCUGCAGCAUCAGGCCGAAGCAGCCAACUCUCAUCACAAAGCAAAGAAAGUUCGCCUGGAGGAAUCUCUCUCUGGGGGUACGCAGGUUGUGGACGAGCGCACAGUGACGUUGGGUUUCCAUCAGUGGCUGGCCAGUGUCACAGAGAGGAUCCACCAGACCAUGCACUACCAGUUCGAUGGGAAACCACAACCUCUGGUGUACCACAUUUCUCAGGAGUUCUUCAACGCGUUGCAGCAUCGUCUUUCGCUCGGAUCGAAGAAGAGGAGGCUGCCAAACUUCACAACAGCCUUUGUGAGAAAUGAUGGACUUCCUCUCGGCUCCUUCUCCAAGUACACCUGGCACAUCACCAACCUCAUGCAGGUCAAACGCCUCUUCGAAACGCCAGAGCUGCCUCUGGAGGUCUAUCAGAGUUUUGUGAAAAACAUAGAUGGCUCUUAUUCCCGUUUUCGCUGUCCCGAGCCUCUUCCCGAGCCAGAACUACCAGAGGGAUACAGGACAGAUCGGCCGCAGGCCAUAAGACCCAUGGAGCUCCGCACCUUCCUCAAAGUCGGACCUGGCAUGGCGGCAGAUCAGAAGGAGGCCAGUCCCUUUGUGAUCGAGUGGAUCCCGGACGUUCUCCCUCGCUGUCAGAUGGGAGAGCUCAGGAUCAGCUUUGAGUUCGGCCACCAGAAGAGCGGUCAGCCGGAGAGCCACUGUGAGAAGAUAAGCACGCCGGAGAAAGGGGCGCGCAACAAGUCCGAGUCCACCCAAUUGAAAGUCUCGAAGGCUGUGGACGUCCUUCAGGUGGUCGUCUAGUCGUCCUCCAGCCUCCUCCUUAUUACACUGUGUUAACAUCUCCUGAUUUAACUGCAACGUGUCUGAGAGAUGAAAUAUAGAAAUAUGUACGACUCAUUUAUCCAUGUUAUAUUAUGCAAGAUGUGGAUAAUCACCCGCAGCCCCAUCAUGUAAUAUAAUAUUGUUUAACAGUAUUAGUUUGUUGUGGAGUCCUCAUGUUAAUGCCUUUUCCUUAAUGCUGAAUAUGCACAAAGUAAAGAAACUAUAUAUUUAAAAGUUAUUUUUUAUAUAUGUCAAAGACAGAUCAUACGACCAGUUGAGAACAUUGUAGAAUCGUGUAUUUAACACUAAAGGAAAUAGACUGGAUAACUUUUCCUAACAGUGAAAACCUACCUGUACGUUUAAAAUUUCAA